AUGAUGGAGUUUUUUUUUCGCGUAGACGCCUUUAUCCCCGUCUAUGUGCAGAUGUAUCAUGUGCUGCGUCGCCUGCUGGAACCGAGUAACCCGUGCGGGGCGAUGGCCGUGGGGGUUGUGUUGCCAACCCAUCACACGGGAUACUUCAUUGAUGCAGUGCGGCGCAUGCGUAGGGGUGCGUCGCGGUUGCCGCAUUCUGCGGGGCCUGGUGGUGGCGAAAGUGUACCGCCUGUUCUGGUGUACAGCCCCAGUCCCCAUGACCAACCUGUCUCUUGGUUGCUGUUGCCGUGCUUAAUAGAGAAGGGAAAACUACAACACGACAACGCAAUAGGCAAAAACAAGAACGAAAACAAAACUAAAAACACAAAAGCAUAA